AUGGCCCCUGGACGGAUAUCACCACCCGGAUCGCCCAUCCCCUCUGAACCCUCAUCUUCAGAUAUCUCCGCAUACCGGGGCUACCACCAUGUACACUGGUAUGUCGGCAACGCAAAACAGGCCGCAUCGUUCUACGUAACACGAAUGGGCUUUGAGCGGGUUGCAUACCGAGGUCUCGAGACUGGCUCGCGCUCCGUUGCCUCCCAUGUCGUACGGAACGGCCAUGUCACAUUCGUCCUCACAUCACCCCUCCGAGGCCUGAAGCAGAGUUCAAGAUUCAGCGAAGAGGAUGCAAAACUACUACAUGAGAUCCAUGAGCACCAGGAGCGACACGGUGAUGCAGUGAAGGACGUCGCCUUCGAAGUUGACAACCUCGACGCUAUCUAUUCUUCCGCCGUCUCAGCCGGCGCCGAGUCCAUAUCCGCCCCGCACACCCUCGCCGACUCCCACGGCACCGUCCGCCUCGCCACCAUAAAAACCUACGGUGACACCACACACACCCUGAUCGAGAAGCCCUCCUCCUACACCGGCGUCUUCCUCCCCGGCUACGCCCCCGCGCCCUCCGUCUCAGACUCGCUCUCGAAAUUCCUCCCGCCCGUCCUCCUCUCCAACAUCGACCACUGUGUCGGCAACCAGGACUGGGACGAGAUGGACAACAUCUGCGACUACUACGAGCGGGUGCUUGGCUUCCACCGCUUCUGGAGCGUCGACGACAAGGACAUCUGCACCGAGUACUCUGCGCUCAAGAGCGUCGUGAUGAGCAGCCCCAACGAUGUCGUCAAGAUGCCCAUCAACGAGCCGGCCCACGGCAAAAAGCAAUCCCAGAUCGAGGAGUACGUGGACUUCUACGGCGGGCCCGGCGUCCAGCACAUUGCGCUGCGGACGGACAACAUCAUACGGGAUAUCACCAAUUUGAAGGCCCGCGGCGUCGAGUUCAUCAAGGUGCCCGAGACGUACUAUGCGGCGAUGCGCCAGCGGUUGAAGAGCAAGGGGAUGAGGCUGGAGGAAGACUUCGAAGUGUUGCAGAGUUUGGAUAUCCUGAUUGACUUUGACGAGGGCGGGUACCUGCUGCAGCUGUUCACGAAGCACUUGAUGGACCGGCCUACAGUGUUCAUUGAGAUCAUCCAGCGGAAUAAUUUUGAUGGCUUUGGCGCGGGCAACUUUAAGAGCUUGUUCGAGGCCAUCGAGCGCGAGCAGGAGUUGCGAGGUAACUUGGUAUGA